GUGAUUCUGCCCCCGUGCCGUUCCGCUUUUCAUACAUCGCCCCCUGCAGAUCUGUUGCCAUCCUUCCCACAUAUCUACUUCAGUAUACAUACAUCACAAGUACUCAUCAAACCUCAGUGCUCUCUCAUUCUGGGGAAGCCACGUUGCCGAAAUGGCCUCUGGUGGGAGACUCAACCCCGAGUCUGAUAACUUCGAGAACCGCCCAACCUUCUACAUUGGCCAGCAUGACUCGAACCGCUUUGAGCCAUUGACCGAGGAACAGUACAACCAGGUUCUUAACAGUGGAUUUCGCUUUGUGACGGCACCCAUCACGAACGAGCACUUCUUCAAGCGGGUUGUCGAUUUGCACAGGGAGUACCUCCAGGAGAGGGAGCAGUGGGCCCGAGAACAUGGCAUCUCAGACAGCCAGAGCACCAACCCGUCCCUGCCCGGACCGGUCGUCCCAACCCUCACCGACAAGGACACCUCGCUGGGCCCCUGCCAUUAUAUCGGCUCCCUUGUGUGUUAUUCCAGUCCUUGGAUCGACCUAUGCUCCGCCGAUCCGCACAUCUCGAGCAUAUCGCGCCAGGUCCUGAACCUGGAAGCUGCCUAUGCAAACUUCUGCGGUGCCAGAACCAUCGUUGUCCCUGGCCCCAGACAGGAUGAGAGUGGCCGCGGUAUCGCUCAAUAUGCCCGCGCAAUCAAGGAGGUGAUGCAGGUUGCAAGCCGGACCAAUAUAGUCGUCCACAUGCCAAUGUACAGGGAGCCAGGACUUGAGGAAAAUUUGGAAACACUUUCCGACAUCUUUGGCCCGGAGAAGGGACCCGAAGCGAACGCCAAGAAGGAAAUUGACCUCUUCAGCGCAUGGGAUUCUUGGAAUGCAAUCAGAUCCGUGUGCAACUACUCAAUGAGACUACUUCUUGCACUUCGAAUUCCCCGUCGGGUACCCGAGAAGAGCCUCCAGGAACGGUGGUUUGCAGAGCCGCUCCAUUUCUUGACUAUCGGUCAAGCAAUCUUCCAGUUGAAUCGAGCUGGACAUCCCUCGCUCAGCAGACACCACCAGGACAUGAUCAACCGUUACAUGCGGUUGAGGAAUGUGCCAUGGUUGGUUCUCUGCGAUGUUGGACCCAGCCCCGAGGAGCUCGCGGCACUCUCUGACAAGCUGACCUCCGAGUUUCCAACACUCGCUGAAGCGAGCCAAGCUCUUGGAGAUAGCCGAAGGCCUCAGUCGCUGGCCCUGAACGCACAUGUCGGGUACAUGAGGUAUCUGGAGCGCCAGCAGCCUCCGUUCUCAGCAAUGGAGUCACCGGCGCUCACGAGCUUCCAGGACUGGCUUCAGCCACCGUUGCAACCGUUGGCGGACAAUCUCGAAUCGGCAACCUACGAAGUGUUCGAGGGUGACCCAGUGAAAUACGAUCAAUAUGAAAAGGCCAUCACGGAAGCCAUGACAGAAUGGAGGGAAUUAAAGAAGCCGACUUCGUCGGCGACGCCCGAAAAUCCUUCAAAUCCGGAGCUGAUUGUCACAGUGGCCGGCGCCGGACGGGGGCCCCUGGUAACACGGGUUCUACGUGCCGCUGAGCGCACAGGGACACCUAUCCAGCUAUGGGCGGUCGAGAAAAACCAAGACGCCUACGUCUACCUUUUGAGGAAAAACCAGACCGAAUGGGCCAACCAAGUGACUGUCGUCAAGACGGAUAUGCGGGGGUGGGAGGGCCCACGGCUCAGGGGCAGAGAAGAUAUCAUCGCCAAGGUGGACAUCUUGGUCACCGAAUUGCUGGGCUCAUUUGGCGACAACGAACUUUCGCCCGAGUGCCUUGACGGCAUUCAGCACCACAUUGCCCGACCCCAUGGCAUAUCCAUUCCUCACUCGUAUACCGCCCAUCUCAGCCCCAUAUCUACGCCCCGUCUCUUUGCCGACAUCAGCUCGAGGGUGGUUGGCGACCCGAACGCAUUUGAGACCCCUUGGGUGGUCCGCCUAUUCGCUAUUGAUUAUGUCUCCCAAAACGUACCUGGUCAUCCCCGGUUCCAGCAGGCCUGGGAGUUUGUUCACCCUGUCGAAAUCAACCGCGCCGACGACUUUGCCGCGAAGCACGGCAAGGCUGUCAGGUAUGCCACGGCGGGCGUAGGUAGUAUGUCAGGCUCGAGCGGCACUAACGAACACAAUGCACGGCAUUGCCACUUGACGUUUGUCUGCCCGACGCGAGGCGUCAUCCAUGGCCUGGCGGGAUUCUUUGAAUCUGUUCUGUAUUCCUCACAGACCGGCGCGGGGAAGGAACCGGUAGAGAUCAGCAUCUUACCAAAUCAGAUCGAUCGAAAGAGCAAGGACAUGAUUUCAUGGUUCCCCAUCUUCUUCCCGCUCAAGAAACCGCUAUACUUCCCCCAGGACACUGAGCUCGAGGUCAGCAUGUGGCGGCAAACGGACGACACGAGGGUGUGGUAUGAGUGGUUGGUUGAGGUGUAUGCAUGGGUUGAACCUAACACGCGGAUUAAGGUUGGCGCGUCAGAGCUUCACAGCAGUCGCAAAGUCGCAUGUCUGAUGUAGGGCCCAGAUGAAGGGCUGGCUUAUUAUGGCGAGCCUAAUGUGAAACUCAUCAUCCAUCCGGGUUCAUAGAGGGCACGACGUCCAGAACCCCUCUCAGUGACAUGGCCAUGAUCGUAUGCCAGUUUCGCCCGGCGUCACCUCUUCUCAGUCUGUUCAUCAGAGCAUGGUGCCCAUUCAUGCCAUGCCACGCAUAUCAUCCAACCACUCUGCUUCGUGACGAUUGGGACAUGUCUCGCCUUUCCGAUGGUAGCUUCCACCUCAGGCAAACCCUUU